AGUCGAACAAUAAUAAUUUUCUUCUAAAUCAAAGUUUACUAUUUAGCCUAAAAAAUAAACCCUGGUAGUGACAUUGAAUAAACUUUCAACAAGCGUCACCAAACUUCUAUGUUUGUUUUGUGCAAAAAGUCAUCAUUGUUCCGUAAACUUUUCGCCUAAUUGUUUUUCUCGCAAUAAUAUGGAUAGAUCGUAUAAAAAAUAUAAAAAAAGUGGAGCUUAUCAUCGAAAAUUGACAAAAACUCGUGAAAAGUAUGAAAAAGUUUUCAAACAACUAUACAGUAACGCUCGAUUGGAAGUAUGUGAAAAAAAUAUUCCGACUUCAAAGCCAUUUUUGUCUCCGCUACAACAAAAUGUCAAUUACCGUGAGUCAAUCUAAACAUUCCGUUACAAUAAGUUAUAGGUACAAUUUUUUUAUACCACAGAUAAACCUGAAGCCACGCGUUUUCCCACAACUCAUGAUUCAAUAUGCAUCGCACCCAUUUCCGAAAUCAUUUCAGAUGGAAAUAUAUCAGAAAAUAGUAACGAAACACUCAAUGAACCACUGAUCCGGUUACAUCCGAAUUUCAAUGAGUGUCCGAAACCUCAGCAUGGCAACAAUUCAGAUGAACUUUUUCGAGUAUGGGCACUUCGUCAUAGCAUUACUCAUCAUGCUUUGAAAGAUUUACUGACAAUAGUUAAACAACAUUACCACGAUAAAACUUUGCCGUCAGAUCCAAGAACUCUCCUGGGUACUCCACGAAAUAGCAGUAAACUGUGCCUUCCAAUCAGCGGAGGAGUCGUGAAUUUCAACGGAAAAAAUGGAUGUCUGAAGUGUACGAUAACUGGAGAAUAUUCCCACAUUUCUCGUACCGUGGUGUUUCCAUCUAUCCGUUGCCCACUGCGAACUGAUGAAAUAUUUCGUCGUAAAGAGUAUGGUAGACACCACACGGCUCGGGAGUCACCUUUACUAAAAAUUCCAGGGCUCGACAUGAUCCAGGAUUUCGUGGUUGCUGAUCAAUUACACCUGUUAGAGCUAGGAAUAAUGAAACGCUUAUUAACUGGAUGGAGAGAUGGUAACCUAGGUUUUGCAGGAAAAAUGAGUGCAUAUCAAAUACAACAUUUAUCAGCUAUGAUUGAAAGCGUGAAACUGCCAAAAGAAGUUCACCGAAAAAUGCGAGGAAUAGAUUGUCUGGCAUUUUGGAAAGGAACAGAGUGUCGUACGUUUUUAAAUUAUGUGGGAAUUGUUGUUUUAAAAGGUGUGUUAAACGAAACUUUAUAUAAACAUUUUUUGUUGCUUUUUACAGCAGUAACGAUUUGUUCAUCAGAUUUUCAUGCAAAUUUACGACCAACAGCACAGGGCCUUUUCGAAAAAUUUAUUCAAGAAUUCAUGAUAAUUUAUGGAGAACAAUACAUAACUAGUAAUAUUCACAACCUAGAACACAUUGUUGGCGACGUGGAUCGAUUUGGAUCAUUAAACACAAUAUCGGCUUAUCCAUUCGAAAGUUAUUUAUCUCAGAUUAAAAAUUUUGUACGGCAGGGUAACAACUGUUUAGAACAAGUUGUUAACAGGUUGCUUGAAAAAAAUGAACAACUGAAACAAAAAAAAAAUUUUACACCCAAAGUGACAAGACGAGGAAGCUUUGUUCAAUGUGAAAUCAAAAACGGACUAUUAAUUAGCAACACAUUCAAAGACUCAUGUUUUUUGGCAAAAAACUUAGACAUAGUACAGAUGACCGAUGCUACAAUUGAUAUUUUUAAUAACAUUACUAUUCAUGGCUCCCCCGUAUCAAAUUUCUGUAACUUUUUUGAUUUUCCAAUUCCUUCAUCAAAACUAUAUAUUUUUUUGACAAAUUUAUGUAUUAGUUCCAGGAAGGCAUACACUAUAAAUGAAAUGUUUUGUAAGUUUGUAGUUGUCCCGUAUACGCGAAACAAUGUUGUAUUGUUACCGUUACUUCAUACAUUUUGUGCUGACUAAAAAGAUAAACACAAGCUCAACAAAUUUAACAGUUCAAAGUUCCUAGAAACAUAUGUAUUUUAAGCGAGAAAACAUGUCAAAUUUACAUUAAAAACAAC